CCAGAUCGAGCGCUGCGUGUCUUGAUUUCAAUCAAUCUACCACCGAUCACCAUGCGAUCCAGUAGCGCGUUUAUUCUUAGCUAUCUCCUCGCUCUCCUCGGGUCUGCCAUCACCGCAGCUGUUCCUCCCAAUUUGUCCCGCCAGGUGAUAGUCUUCAUUCUGCUGCUUUCGGUCCCGUUUCUCGCCAGCUACGGACUUGCCUCGUUUAUCGGCGCUGCACUGGUGCGUCUUGAUUGAAUAUGGCCCGAUUUGUUUGCCUACGAGAGGAGUUGAGUUGGCUGGGUAAGGGGAUGAGGGACUAAGCCAGCAGAGACCAUGUCUUCACCAGCCUAUCUACUGGUUAUGUCAACAUUGGGGGCCAUUUCUUCCUUAUCAUCACUGCGGCUCGAGGAGCCCACGAGCGGGCAGGUGGACAAGUAAGCGUUGGAACAAGUACAGUUGUCUACUGCACGGGUGGGCUGAGUGUGUGACAGUGGCUGCAGCAAGACUGGGCUGCAGACGCAAAGACUAAACUACUUUGGAGGUAGUGCAAUGCUAGUGCUGACCGGAAUGACUUGAGGGGGUUUUCCGACCACUAAAAAUACAAUGAUUCUCGCAUGGACUCGGU